CCCGUAUCCCAUCUGCUACUCACUGUGUCAUUGGGCAGGACACAAACAGUUUUGCGUUGUAGUGCUGUCAUUCUCCACACAAAAAGUAUUACUUAAAAUCUGCCCAGGAUGGGUUCGGGAGAAAGUACAACUAGGAAAGUAUCUUUCGGAGUCGACGACGAGGACAGAGUCAGGAUUCUUCGUGGGGUGAAGUUGUCAGAAGAUGUUCUUCAGAGGAUGAAAGGAGUAGCCAACAUUGCUCCAGAACACUCUACUUCAACUUCAAUCCCUCAUAAAGACAAAGCUGCCUCUACCAGCUCAGAGUCUCAAGCAAAGCAGCAAGCCCGACCCAGCAGCCAGUCCAGCAAGCCUGCCUCCUUCACCGAGGACGAACAGAGAAGGUUUGAACGUCAGCAGACAAUAGUAAAGGAUGAGCUGGCUAAGAUGGCACAAAGAGAAAUAGAGACGGCGAGGGAGGAGGUAACUAAAGCCAUGAGCCGGGAAAGACAACAUGCUCGCCAGGAAGCUGAGAAGGCCAAACAGUUGUCUGCAGAUGAGAUAGAGGUGAUGGCUCAGCAGCUACAGAAGAAAGACACGCAACUGAAAGCUYUGGAUGCAUUCUACACGGAGCAGCUCACACAGCUGGAGAAACGGAAUUUGGAAAGAUUCAAGGAGAGCAAAGAACAAUUCCACCAAGCUGCCUCCGAGGCCGAAGCAAACGUCAGGUCUCGUCAUACCGCUCCAGUGUGUUCUGGCCUGCAGGCUCAGAUUCUGUCCUGUUACAGGGAGAACAAAGACCAGACCUUAAAGUGUUCAGACCUGGCCAAAGAAUACAUGCAGUGUAUAAAUGCUGCAAAGAAGGCAUGCUGGCACCAAGAUUAUAGCAGCUCAGUCACUCUUCUGGGUGAUAACAAUACUGGCAAGAAACAAAAAUGCAAAGAAAAUGUUUAAAACCGUAAACAGUUACACAAAAUGAUGUGCUGUAGAUGUGCAUACAGCUAAAUACUGUUUAAUGGGAGUAGAAGAUGAAAGGCUGAAUGGGGAAAAAAAUGGUUUCCAAACAUUGAAUAAGAGAGAAAGUUAGAAAAGGAAAAAUAGUGUUUGGGCAUUAUAGCAAAAUAAAUGUAAAAACAAUUAACUGUCAAGUGAAAGCUUGAAUUAAGUGCUGACAUUUGGGAGCUGGAAAUUGUUUCUAAAGAAAUAGACUUCAACUACAGGCAGAGCAAAACAAAGUUAAAAAAAAUAAAUAGAUUCUAGCUGUGAKGGCUUAUUACAAAAAGGUAAAUGAUAAAUAUAAUGGGGGAAAAAAUAASAAAUGGGAGGAAAAAAGAGACAACACAAAUUUAAGAGUGGAAACRGUGAUGGGCGAAGAACAUAAUGAAGAGGAGGAGGAGAAACAGAUGACCAGGAAGGAAAACUUGGGGGGAAAAAAGGAGCAAAUCAAACAGGUGAUGACAGGUAGGAGGAGGCAUGAGGUGAGGAGGGACAAGACAGUAAAAGAAAUGAGUGGGUAUGGAGGGUUUUUUUUUUCUUUAAAGAGAAAGGCAGGAUAGAUGAAAUAUACGGUCAUGGGGGAAAGGUUAGAGAUGAACAGGACGWAGAGAUGCAAAGAGAGAGGAUGGGGAGGAACAGUUGGCCUCUCAGCAGUCAACACUAAUGAAGAAGAAUGAGGAAUUUCAGCUGCGCGCUGGACCUGCUACUCACCACACACACACACACACACACACACACAC